AUGACAGCCGACUUUUCCAUCUCAUGCAGCACAAAUGAAGAGACAUUUUUGCCGGUGAUUCGUGUGGUAGUGCUCGGGGACGCAAAGGUGGGCAAGACAGCGUUGCUUCGGCAGUACAUCCACCAUGAGAGCCCUUCUUCAUCAAGUAGCAUUGGUUCAACGCUGCUCGAUUCUUACACGCACGUCGAGUACUGUGGCACGCAGCCAUAUCGGCUCAUAUUUACGGAUUGCAGCAGCUCCCCGUCCUUUCGCGAGCACCGUGCAGCAUAUCUGGCCAGGUGCAACUUAGUUAUUCUUGUCUACUCGGUGCGUCGUCGUAAGACACUGUUGAAUUUGCACCGCUGGAUGGAGGAGGUCGUGGAGGCACGUGGCUCCACAGAGCCGGAGCCUGCCUCCACAACCGGCGACUUUACUGAGGUACCCAUAUUUAUUGUAGGGACACACUACGGAGAACAGGGUGCAUUGAAGGCGGCGAACCCGACAAGCACGGACGAGGCGGAAAGCGUCACGGCAGAUUGCCUCCAUUCCGUCGGCUAUUUCAUUGACAGAGAUGACGCAGAAGCUGAGGUGGGGCUACAGACGAAUGCGGCGCAGACACAGAAGGCUCAACAGCAUCGGCAGCGACGGAGGGAAAAGGAGAAGCACUCUCCUCUCGUCUUCCAGAACUUCUUCCAAAAACUUUUCAACAUCAAUGCAGACGACAAGGGCACUGACGCCGCCACCAAGGGGAAGGCGACAUCGGCCGGAGUGGCGUCUCAUCAGCACCAUCAGUCAGCAUCUCCUGUGCAUAGCAACGGUGACCUCCCGCUGCCAACCUCCACUUUGCUGGCCCCGCAGCUCCGAAGCAACAUCGCCAAUGAUAACACCAAGUUGAGCGGCGCCACAUCGGCGCUGAGUGUACCCCCCGGCGCAUCGGCGCGCUUGCCACUUUUUCAGCUUUCUAACAGAGAUGGCAAGGCGGUAAGUAUGGCGGUGCGCGCUUCUCUCUCACUACACCUUUGGCUUCAGCGACAGGAGGACAACAUUCCGUGGUUAUCACUGGUGCAUACUCCGCUCAGCAGCAGUGCGACUGGCUUGAAGCCAGCAGUUACUGCUCUACAAGUUGCUUCAGUUCAAGCAAGCAGCGGCGGUUUAGAUGAGGCCACCGGCGUUGCUACUGAGAAGACUACCGAGCGGCUGCCGGUGCCGCCCGUGGCUCUGCACGCGUGCACUAUCUCAGCUACCUCGCAUACGUCCCACUUUACCGAGUGCUCUACUGCGUCCCUCAUGCCGCCCAUGGCCGCAUUGUACAGUGUCAGCCUCAGUGGCUUCGGCGGCGGUAACAGCAAGUCAGCGAAGAACCCGCCUUUCAGGGAGAGUCCCGGUGGUUCCUGUGUGGUGCAGACGGCCGACAGCUCGCUUUUGGCUGUGCAGCAGGCGCCGCAGGUCCCCAACACAACACACCCGCAGCAUAAGAAAGCAUGCUCCUGCAGUGGGGACGGCGGCAGUGAAGUUGCUGUCGGUGCGGAAAACGAGGUAAAUACGACUGGCCAGAAGUCCCACGGCAAAGUCUGUAGCCCGGCCCUUGAGCACCCCAACGAAGAGACAGGGGAUGGACCCCCGCGGCCCUCCCUCGCUAGCUACUCACCGUGUGGAGUGAGAGAGAGAGAGGGUUUGAUGCACUGUGACGGCCAGCAGGCACCGCUGCCGAGAACGGCCGAGCUAGCGCUCUCAUCUGGGGUAGGUGGCACGGCGGCCUUCGAUGCAUCGAUGCAGGUGAGGAAGCUCAUGCCGAUGAAGACGGCCGUCUGCUUUUUGCCACCGACCACACACAGUGCAGCAGCGCCUAACACGGUCAGCGGAGAGACCAACGGUGGCGCAUCGAAUGUGGCUAGUGUGCCAACUGCUUGCUUGCCCAGCAGCGCGCAUGAUACGGUAGACGGCCAUUUCUGGGCCACCUCCGGCCCCAUGAUGGAAGACGGCGCGUCGCCCGUAUCAAAGACCCCCGGCGUCGCUACGAGGCCACUCGGAGACACUGUCGCAGGCGGUCGUAUCGCUGCCACUUCUCUGCUGCCGACGUCAGGGGUAGAGGGGGCGGUCGCUAUGAAGGAAGGUGAUAUGCCCGGGACUGAGUGCUGCGGCAACCGACCGACAAAGGGGUCUAAGUCUGUCAAGACAUUUCCCCUGGAGUGCGAGCCCGAUAGUGGCCUCAGCCCGUCUCCUGUGUCACGGCACAAUGGUGAAGAUGGCUGUGCUGUGGGUUCAGCAGUGUGCAGGCAGCCUGUGGACCCCUUAACGUUUCCAGUACCCGCAACCAGUGACUGCAUCAAUGCCCCAUUCGGUGCAAUGUUGUCCCUGCGAGACGACAGCGUGUCCUCCUCAAGGUCUCAACAUGCAAACCUGACCCCAACCGCAGCAGUAACCAAUAAUGAACCCGCCAACACCGAUCCACUGGGGAAGCCAACACGAGAUCGAGAGCCUACCAAGCUCUCUCUGCCGCCAUCGCGCACGACGGAGAGGCGCAAGCAUGCGAAAUCGUUGUCACGGCCCCUCCCAUCGAAGCGAGGCGGCAAGGCGCGGUCACAAAAUGCGAAGACCUUUAAGCAGCGAGGCACGUUUGAUACUUCGCGCCGCAGACAUGCCAGGCAGCAGGAACAGAAAGAAAAGUUAAGCCACUGCGAUGCGGACUUCUGCGGCGUCAUUUAG